CAUUCCAUAUUUACUCAUGCGUGAAAUUAGUUGUCAUAUUACGUCAUCAUUAUGCGUCGCGGCACCAAUAACUAACCAUUGUGGAAACAUAUCAGCGCAGAGAACGACAAGAUGAACAAGCAAGGUAUGCAAACAAUUUCCUUUUUUAUCAGCUUGGGUAAAUUUUUGUUUAAAACCUGUUCGUAGCACUUUCAAACUUAUUUCUAACUGUGUUCAUUUAUUUUGGCCGAUGUAUCUUCCUAGAUGUAACCCGCAGACUCUUUCAUGGCGGAAGACCAACAAUAAAAAAUGGAAUCUUCUAUUUGGAUCUUCCUGGAAACCGAGAAACUAGGAGCAUUGAGCAGAGAAUCUUAGAAAGUGGAGGGCGAGUCGAACACUUCUUCAGCAAAGAUGUGACAUGUGUCGUUACCGAAAACCGCCAAAGAAGAUCACCCCGUACGCAAAAAGGACCCCAACAAAAGCCACUUACACGUGCUCAAAGUAUCCUUGCAAACGUAAAACAAAACCAACAGAAAAACAAAAAUGGCAAGAAAAACAUUGUAACAGUAGCAGAAAGCUUGGGAAUAACUGUUCUUCAAAUGGAAGAAAUGCACAGAUUGUUGAGAAAAUGUAGUAAAAUAGAGUUAAACAAUCAAGUGAAAGAAAAAGAGCAACAAGAAAAGUCAAAUUGGACUGAAAAACCAGCCACUGCAAGAAAAUUGCGAGCUCCAUUUGUCAAAGUCGAGGAUCAGUCAAGAUUGUAUCAGCCUCUUAUAAAAGAGAUGCAAGAAUGGCCAAAAAUCUAUUUAGAAUCUUUGCAGCCUGGAUGUCCAUUUGAUCCUCCAGCUAGGGCUUCACAAAAAGGCAAGAGGUCAAGUAAAGGGCAAAGGUCAUCUCAAAGUGCAAGUACUCAGCGACAGAAGGUUCAAGUUGAAACUGCAAGAGCGACGGGUCAUUUUUCAUCCAGUAAAAAGGCCGGUUACUGUGAGCUUUGCAACAUAAAUUACAGGGGGAUAAAGCAACAUUUAAAAGGCAAAAGACAUCUGGAAAAUGCUGCAAAUUCGAAUGCUUUUCAAAAGCUGGAUGCAGUAAUCAGUGAAGGGAGAAGUCCAAAUGCUUAUCUGAAAAGUUUCAAGCAGCAAAGGACACCGAAGAAACUUACAAUUAAAAGUUAUAAGUCUCCAGGGUCCCCAGUCACGCCUGUAAAUAAGAAACUUGGCAACAGAGGAGCAGCUUCGAGUCAUCACGUCACGCCCUUGAAGAUAGUUUUCUCUCCGAAAAAUGGAUAUUCUGUCAUGAAGGUAGAAAGUCCUCGCAAACGGAAACCUGAAGUUAUUGAGAUCAAGGACGACGAAGUCAUAAUGAAUACGAUACCAAAGAAAAGAAAAAUUGAUGAUUUCUCUGUCGUUCAGCUCAGCAACUUGAAAUUGAAAAUACGGAGGAGCACCAGGUUAUUGCGUGGCAGCAGCUCGGAUCAGCACGGGUCUGUUUUCCUUGAUUUCCCUACAUACAGAACUGGAGUUCCGGAGGAAGGUUUUUCAAGGUAAAUUCCCUUUAAUGUAAUAGCG